AUGCCAGCUCCGGGAUUUACGCAGUUUCUCAGGUUGUUGGAAGCGGUUGGAAACUUUGAGCACCCACUACUGUGGUCGGCUGUGAUGCUGUUCCUCGUACUGUUUCUUAUGCUUAAUGCGCUGUACGUCAUCAUGCUGAAUAUAUGUUCGUCGAUCGAAGAUGCGGCCGGUGCGUACGGAAGCAAGUGUUGUUUUCGAAUUCUGAUCACUUUCGCGGUGUGCACGAUUUGUUUCCUAACGAGCAUGGGAUACACGACUCAAUCCGGAUAUUAUGGACUCAAUCUGGUCGACUCGUUUCUGGAUCUUCUGAGCCCAUGGACGAUAGUUACUUUCGAGAUUGUGGCGAUAGCAUGGUUCUACUGUGCCCACCUGUUGGCAGUCGACAUGAAGCAGAUGAUUGAAAAUCGCUUCUGGAAGGUCUUAGCAUUCCCCUUGUAUGAAAUUCUGUACAUCAUUCCUGUCGUUCCAGUCUAUAUCCUCGUCAUAAAACUCAGCAACUACGACUUAAACGAAAUGGUUGGUCAUACCUCGCAGUGGGUAGAAGCUGUUGGAUGGCUUAUAUGCCUGACAACCAUUUUGCCGAUCCUUGGUUAUAUGGUAUUCUGCGUCGUGAGAACCUUCAUCAAUGGACCAGGCCUCACGUGCAUGGAGAAGCUCAAGUACACCAUCACAUCGCCUUUGCGACAUGAAACCGUUAAACCUGCAUCGAACUCGCGCUACACUUCCACUGCACCCGGAUAUGUCCUGUUGCAGCAAGCACCAUUAGCCGAAGCGGAACAAUUCAACGAACUAUACAACGAUAACACGACAAAAAUAUCUCAUAUAUGA